AUGGUUGUUGCUUUGGUGGCAUUCGUCACACUGACCGACGGUCCACAGACUGCGCGCUGGAUGACGGAGGAAGAAAUGCGGAUGGUGAUUGACAGGAUCAAGUCUGAGCGUCUCAACCAGGAUGAGCUGCUCGACAAAAUCGACGCCUCAAAGCUCAAACGCGGCUUCUCCAAUCCUGUCACACUUGCGGUAUCGUUCAUCUUUCUGCUCGACAGUAUCACUGUCUUAGCUAUCUCAUUUUUCUUGCCGACCAUCGUUCGGACCAUCUAUCCAGGCCGGUCUGUCAUCCAGCAACAGCUCUUGACAGUGCCACCAUACAUUGUCGCGGUGGUUUGCACUAUCCUGAUCACAGCCGUAAGCUGGCGGAUGAACUCUCGUCAGACUUUGAUUGCGCUUGCGGGAUUAUUCGUGGCUGUUGGAUACACAAUCUUCCUCGCGACUAUGAAUGCGAGUGUGCGUUACGCGGCUGUUUUCCUUUGCGCAUCAACUUGUUUCUCGUUGGGCGCAAUGACGAACGCUCAAGUUAGCGCAAACGUGCUAUCCGACUCCGCACGAAGCAUUGCAAUUGGUACAAACGUCUUUUUCGGAUACGUUGGUGCUCUGAUCGCGACUUGGACGUAUCUGCCUGGCGAUUCUCCCCGUUAUGCAAUCGGCAACGGCAUCAACUUAGGUUGUGCAGUGACUUGGACUAUUCUUGCGAUAUGUACCAAAUUGUGGAUGACACAUGACAAUGAGAAGAGGGACAAAAAGGAAGCAGAAGCGCAGCUGGAGCUCACGUUGCCCUCAGAAAGCGAUGUGACUAAUCUCGAUCUCUACCGACUUACACAAGCUCAUGAAGUAGGCAUGGACAAUUUCCUCGAUACACAACUGCAUCCCGCAGACACUUGCAGCAUUUGCACCGACCACUUUAGCGCGACCCAUCAGCCUGUGGCACUUGCCUGCAAGCACAUAUUCGGCCAUGAAUGCAUCAAGACAUGGCUCAAGCGUGGUAGGGGAAACACGAACGCCUGUCCAACUUGCCGUUAUGUAGUGGUCCCCAAGCUGAAACGACGCAAAUCCUUCGACGUGGCCUCUAGCUGGCAAGCAUUAUGCGACCAACCGCCCGAGCGUCUGAAUGCGUUCAUGAUGAAGAUAUGGUCUGGCUUGCAAGUACUCUGGCAGCGGGAACCCACCGGCGCCUUCACAGUAACCUCCGUCCUUGACCAAGCCAUCAUCCCCGCCCUCAUCAACACCGCACUCGGUACCAAUGCGCCAGAUGACCGGAGACAAGAUUCUGUCCUAGAUUGCUACAAUCUCGUCGCUGCAUCCUGGGACUCAUUGGGCCGCCCCGAUAUAGCGACUGGUCUUGCCAUCCCGCUGGUUCGACUUGCGCGUUUGAUAGCCAGCGCAGGUGCUGUACUACCAAAAUGGCUGACUACAAAUCCGCGUGCAAACAGACUGAUUUGGCGUGCGAAUGCCUGCUUACCCAUUGGCGAAGAAGACAUAUCGUGGCGCUACAUCAUCGAAGCCUCUCGGCAAACCGAGUCGUCUUACUUUCCGUUGCUGCACCUCUAUACCGUGCUCAUUAGCCAGAGUAUCACACAUUAUCCGGCUCCAGUGCCGUACCCGACCAGACGCCAUGAGAUCAUGAACCUAGUGGUUGAGCGUUGUUGUGCGAAAAUUGGCGGUGGUGGAGCUGCGUGGAAAGGCAGGCCGGACGAUGAGCUCAAAGAUGUUUUGGUUGGAGUAUACGGCGAACUGCGAAGGUAUCAACUAGAAAAAGGCAAGAUUAGCCUUCGAGGUCGCGACGGGGAGGAUGCGGUCGUAAAGGGCAUAUGGGCUCUCGCUGGCUGGGGCAGCGGACGAGGUAACCCGCGUUGA